AUGCCGCCCAAAACAGCAACCCUAAUAAGGAGACCCGAGCAGAAGAUACGGCAUAAGAGACAUAGUGGCGGUGUUGAACUAUUAUGGUACAGCCGGCGAUCCAUUACCAGCAGCGCGCAAGAGGCGCCGAUACCGACCGGGAACAGGCGCGCUGAAGGAAAUCAGGCGGUAUCAAAACUCGACGGAAUUACUAAUGUCAAAGCUGCCAUUCUCGCGCCUCGUUCGAGAGAUUGCAAUAACUUUGCGGCCAGUGGGACUAGACAUGCGAUGGCAGUCCCAAGCGAUAAUGGCGCUGCAAGAAGCGGCGGAAGCGUUUCUAGUCCACCUUUUCGAAGAUACAAAUCUGUGUGCGAUACAUGCGAAGCGAGUCACGAUUAUGCAAAAAGAUAUACAGCUAGCGAGGAGGAUUAG